CCCGAAGCGCCCGGAGGCAUCAGGUGUCGUGGGAACGGCGCCCACUGCGCGAAGGGAGAGCCCGCGACGUCUCAAGCCGUCGAGAUGGCAAAUCCUGAGGCUGUUAUAAGUAGCUGCAGCUCUCAUGAAGAAGAAAAUCGCCGCGCUUUUAACCAGCAUACAUCUCCCUCUGAGGAGCUUCUAUUAGAAGACCAGAUGAGGCGAAAACUCAAAUUUUUUUUCAUGAAUCCUUGUGAGAAGUUCUGGGCUCGAGGUAGAAAACCAUGGAAACUUGCCAUACAAAUUCUAAAAAUUGCAAUGGUGACCAUCCAGCUGAUCUUUUUUGGGCUAAGUAACCAGAUGGUGGUAGCUUUCAAGGAAGAGAACACUAUAGCAUUCAAACACCUCUUCCUAAAAGGAUAUAUAGACCGAAUGGAUGACACAUAUGCAGUGUACACACAAAGUGACGUAUACGAUCAGAUCAUCUUCGCAGUGAACCAGUACUUGCAGCUACGCAACGUCUCAGUUGGGAAUCACGCUUACGAGAACAAGGGCACGGAGCAGUCAGCCAUGGCAAUCUGUCAGCACUUCUACAAGCAAGGAAACAUCUGUCCCGGAAACGAUACCUUUGACAUUGAUCCAGAAAUUGAAACUGAAUGUUUCUUUGUGGAGCCAGAUGAACCUUUUCACGUUGGAACACUAGAAGAAAAUAAACUCAACUUAAUGCUGGACUUUCACAGACUCAUAACAGUGGAGCUGCAGUUUAAAUUGAAGGCCAUUAAUCUGCAGACUAUUCGUCAUCACGAGCUCCCGGACUGUUACGACUUUACUCUGACUAUAACAUUUGACAACAAAGCUCACAGUGGAAGAAUUAAGAUAAGUUUAGAUAAUGACAUUUCCAUCAGAGAAUGUAAAGACUGGCAUGUAUCUGGAUCAAUUCAGAAGAACACUCAUUACAUGAUGAUCUUUGAUGCCUUCGUUAUUCUGACAUGCCUGGCUUCGUUAAUUCUGUGUGUUCGAUCUGUGGUGAGAGGACUUCAACUUCAGCAGGAAUUUGUCAAUUUUUUCCUCCUCCAUUAUAAGAAGGAAGUUUCUGUUUCUGAUCGAAUGGAAUUCGUCAAUGGAUGGUAUAUUAUGAUUAUUAUUAGUGACAUAUUAACCAUUACUGGAUCAAUUCUGAAAAUGGAAAUCCAAGCUAAGAGUCUGACAAGUUAUGAUGUCUGUAGCAUACUUCUUGGUACCUCUACCAUGCUUGUGUGGCUAGGAGUCAUCCGAUACCUUGGUUUCUUUCAGAAAUACAAUCUCCUUAUUCUCACCCUUCAGGCAGCGCUGCCCAAUGUCAUCAGGUUCUGCUGCUGUGCCGCUAUGAUUUAUUUAGGCUAUUGCUUCUGUGGAUGGAUUGUGCUGGGGCCUUACCAUGAUAAGUUCCGUUCUCUGAACAUGGUCUCUGAGUGCCUUUUCUCGCUGAUAAAUGGAGAUGAUAUGUUUGCCACAUUUGCAAAAAUGCAGCAAAAGAGUUACUUGGUCUGGCUCUUUAGCAGGAUUUACCUCUACUCAUUCAUCAGCCUCUUUAUAUACAUGAUUUUAAGUCUUUUUAUUGCACUGAUCACUGAUACGUAUGAAACAAUUAAGCAUUACCAACAAGAUGGCUUCCCGGAGACUGAACUUCGUAUAUUUAUAUCAGAGUGCAAAGAUCUGCCCAAUUCUGGAAAAUACAGAUUAGAAGAAGACCCUCCAGUAUCUAUAUUCUGCUGUUGUAAAAAUUAUUCGGACUGUGCUGACUGUGUCAUCAGUGGAAACAACGCCUGAUCUGACCUCAGACAACUCACCAACCCUGGCCUGGACCAUUCUCAGGGGCUGUCCUUGAGAGAGAGGAUGAUUGCUGUAUAUCCAGUAAUCACUGCAUUUUAAAAUCUCUUAAAGGAAAGAAUAAGAAAGAAAAAAUCAUCACCUGCUAACAGUCUCAUAUUUGGCUCUGAAGGACAACUGUUAUUUGAUACUGCUUUUAGUUCUGGAGAAGAUCAGGUUUUUUAGUAUAAGUUUUCUCUUUUCCUUUAGUGUUCAAGGACAAAGUUGAAAGAGUAUUCUAUACAUCUAUGAAAAUUAAACUGCAUACUAAAUGCAUAUUCAAUCCCACAAGGAUUGUUUUAUUAGUACUUGCACAGCCUUGUGAAAAGUGCAUGAUGUGCUGUGCCCCUCCUAGGCACAUUCAGUCUCACAGAAUAGGGUAGCAUUUUUUUCCUCCACAUAAACUUCACUGUGAAUAUUGUUCUUGUCUGCCUAUCCCAGAAAAUUGUUGCAUUUUUACUAUUAGCCUGUCUCAUAUUUUCUAGACUACUUUAAAAAAUCCCCUUUAACAUUGUAAAUCAGUGAAAGUUUUAUAUGAAGGCAACCUACUAGAGAAAUUCAAGAAAAAGGUUUGUAAAUUUAAACUUCCACGUUAGAGUACAUUAUUGAGCAAAAGAUUCUUCUGUUAUUUGGUUAUUGGUCAUUAUAAAUGUGAAUCAGGGUACAGAACUUUUUGUACUGUCAUAUACAGAACAGAACAUAGACAUUUGAAAGGAACAAAGCACAACACAAAACAAUGAGUAUUACCGCCCAGUGAGAAAUGAGCCAGGAUCUUUGCCAUAAACAAAUGAUUUUUUUAAAAAAUUUUUAUUUAUUUAUUUAUUUAUUUAUGGCUGUGUUGGGUCUUCGUUUCUGUGCGAGGGCUUUCUCUAGUUGUGGCAAGUGGAGGCCGCUCUUCAUCGCGGUGCGCUGGCCUCUCACUAUCGCGGCCUCUCUUGUUGUGGAGCACAGGCUCCAGACGCUCAGGCUCAGUAAUUGUGGCUCACGGGCCCAGCUGCUCCGUGGCAUGUGGGAUCUUCCCAGACCAGGUCUCGAACCCGUGUCCCCUGCAUUGGCAGGCAGAUUCUCAACCACUGCACCACCAGGGAAGCCCAACAAAUGAUUUUUGAAAGUGAAAAACAUAAUACCUAUUGUGAAUUAAUUUACUAAUUUAGAAUUGUUAGAUUUGGUGCCUAGAAACUAUAAUUCAUAUCUUAGUAUCUGUGAUAUUCACAACUUUCAACGAUCUGACUUCAACUAUCCUUAAGUCUCAUACUCCUCCCCUCUUCCCCAUCCCCAAUUCCCUCAAACAUGCAGGUUAAAUAUUUCCUAGAACCUUGCUAUUUAAAGAGUGGUGCGUGGACCAGCAGUAUCGGCAACAUCUUCUAGUUAGAAAUGCAAGCCCUCAAGCCCCAUUCCAGACCCACUGAAUCAGAGUCCAUUUCAAUACCAUCCCCUGGCGUUUCAUUUGCACAUUAAAAUCUGAGAUACUUGGAGCUGCCUUUUACAACUAUUUCUCCCUCUAUAGUGUUUUAUAAGAACUUACCUACGGUUUAUUUUUUAAAUGAUACUUUUAUGUCUAUCAAUAAUAUAUGCAUCACUAAUUACAGUUAUUUAUGUACACGUAUCUCUUCUCUACUUUGUGAAACUAGUUGUAGAUUAUUACAGAUGUGAAACUGUUUACAGAAACUGCUCCGAAUUAGGAGAGCUACUGAAGUAGCAGUGGUUAGCAGUGGUAGCAGUGGUUAGUCAUGUCUUAGCAGUGUAGUGGCGUGGUGAGAAUAAAGGUUUAGGAGACUGAAAGAUUGAAUAAAAAUCUAGGACCUACUACAUAUUCUAUGGAUGACCUCAGGGAAGUAACUUAAACCUCUCUGAACCCAUGUCCUCAUUUUGAUAGUGAGAUGACAGUACACAGAACGCUGAGCAUUCAGUGAGAUAACGUAUAAAUCAACCUUAGUACCUAGUGGGGCUCAGGGUUUCUCCUGGCCCCUUUGAAGCACAGGGCCCUUGUACAUGGUAAAUGUUCUUAAUAAAUGCAACGUUAACAAUGGAUUUUCCUUUUAACUACCCACUGGUAAGUUAGUAGAAUUGCCCUGACUUUAGAAAACACUUAUAACGAGAAGUUUGCUGAUACAAAAAAAUGUUAUCCCAGUUUACAAUCACCUUCUAAAGGGACUGUGGUCCCUAGUGGAGUCCUAGUAUUUUGAAGUUAAGGGUUGUCCCUUCAUAGUGGCUUUCCUUUGAAUUAAAAAGGCUUAAAAAUUCUUUAGCAUAAAAAUUGUAAAUGGCCCCAAUGCAGGGGGCCAGGGUUUGAUUGUUGGUUGGGGAACUAGAUCCCGCAUGCAUGCAACUAAGAAGUCCACAUGCCGCAACUAAAAAGAUCCUGCAUGUGGCAAUGAAGACCCAGCACAGCCAAAAUAAAUAAAUUAAUUUAAAAAAAUCUUUAAAAAAAAAAAGAAAAGAAGAAAAUGUUGCCUGCCAUUUCAGUUUUACAAGGAUCAAGCCAUUAGCCACUACAGUCGCCCAUGGAUAGUGCACCCUGAGGGGAAUUCAGGAUGGAGAAAAAUAGGGAGCAUUCUGGGCUUUGUAUACACCUAGAUAGUUAAGAUGCAUAUCUAAGGGAAAAUUUCAGUGACCCCAGAUUCUUCUCAUACAAAGAAAAGCACUAAAAUCAUUAACUUGAGAUGUCUGUUCUUUGUGAUUAGCCGUAAUCUUUGGAUGUUCAAGGACGUGUUUUUGUUUUGUUUUGUUUUUUCCCACAGCAAAAAAAUUCAGGCAUAUCCUGGCUCCUCCCUUACCUCGCAUCAGCUCCUUAGAGCUAUCUGAUGGACUGUUUCCGGGGCUAUAGUCCUCAGUAAGGUCCUUGAAUAAAACUUAACUCACAA